UGGGGCUGUCCGUGACAACUAGGUUGAAGCUUGCUAUUACCGGACGGAAUACAAAGUCCCUAGUUCCUGUUAAAUCACCAAACGGGGGUUAUAGGGGCCCCAUUAUCCUAAUAUGCCCAGGGCCUCCAAUAUGUCAAAGAGGGCACUGAGCGUUUACCCAUGGCGAAACGAGUUUGGCCCUGCCUAUAUGUUUCCAGAGUGAGCCAACUUGAGCUCACGAAUUUUUCGGUGCCUAUUCAAUCAUCGUGAAAUCGUCACCCCUUGCAUGGAACUGGUAAAAAAAUACGUGACUAAGUCUACGUGAAUAAAGAUUUAAAUCUCCGUAUGUGAAUCAGUCAAUGACAUUCAGUCAACAUACCUACACCUUAUAAAACAAUGGUUUGCGCCGGAUGUUAACUUUCUUGUACAGACAGUAAAAGUCUAUCAAAAUGAGGGUACAGUAAUUGGAAAAUUGCAGGCAAGAGGCUGGCAGUCUAUCAUGAUAAUUUCCGGAAAACAUCCUAAACCCAAACUUAAUGCCAAACUUCCACGAUUGUAGACUCAGACAGACUGAACGCUCAGCGCGUCACUGUGGUUGACGCGUUCGAUCUUCGGUAAAUCAGUAAGGUGCAUAAAGACAUGGUGACGAAAAACAGAAGUUAUUCUGACUGGGUCACGUUUGAAGUUCACUCGGUCUGUGGGAGACCUAUGGCCUAUACACAGUCACACACGAACUGUUGUGCACCUCUGGAAAAGAGAGGCGAACACAAAAUACGGGUCGACCGCGGGCACGCCGCGUUUCAUACCAGUCAGAUUCUGAGUUUGCGCCGUCGAGUUCGACUGGGUGUGUCACGAAAAUAUCAAUACAAGAAUAUCCAAAAUGAGUGGCCAGCAAUACUACCCGUACAAGUGUACGCCCACGGUUUACCCCGCGGACCCCUUCGAACCGGCGGCGGAUGCGGAGACGCUCCGCAAGGCGAUGAAAGGCUUCGGCACCGACGAGAAGGCCAUCAUAGACGUGCUCUGCCGCCGCGGCAUCGUGCAACGGCUCGAGAUCGCCGAGACAUUCAAGACAAACUACGGCAAGGACCUCAUCAGCGAACUGAAGAGCGAGCUGACUGGCAACCUGGAGAAUGUGAUCGUAGCACUGAUGACACCCCUCCCACACUUCUACGCCAAAGAACUUCAUGACGCAGUGGCGGGGCUUGGCACUGACGAAGAGGCUAUUAUCGAGAUCCUGUGCACUCUGUCAAACUAUGGCAUCAGGACCAUCUCUGCGUUCUACGAGCAGUUGUACAACAAGAGCCUUGAAUCAGACUUGAAAGGCGACACAUCAGGUCACUUCAAGAGGUUAUGCGUUUCCCUGUGCAUGGCUAACCGCGAUGAGAACCAGGGCGUCGAUGAGUCAGCGGCCAAGGGUGAUGCUGAGGCACUGGCCUCGGCGGGUGAAGGCCAGUGGGGCACUGAUGAGUCUGUCUUCAACUCCAUCCUCAUAACACGCUCCUACCAGCAACUACGACAGAUCUUCGCGGAAUACGAACAAAUAACUGGCAAGGAUAUCGAAGAGUCUAUAAAGAAGGAGUUCUCUGGAAGCGUAGAAAAGGGCAUGCUAGCUAUUGUGAAAUGCGUGAAAAGCAAAGUUGGAUUCUUCGCUGAACGCCUAUACUAUUCCAUGAAGGGAUUGGGCACCAAUGAUAAGACCCUAAUCAGAAUUAUUGUCAGCCGCUCCGAAAUCGAUCUCGGAGAUAUCAAACAAGCCUUCCUCGAAAAAUAUGGCAAGACAUUGGAGAGCUGGAUUGCUGAUGAUACGAAGGGAGACUACAAGCGUGUGUUACUCACUCUCGUUUCGUAAGCAAAAGCAUAAUAAUAUUUAAGAAUACUUAUUGAAUGUUCGCCUUGCAAUGUUCUUGUUCCGGUUUGAAACUGCCUUUACCUUAUACCUUUACAAUAUUGAAUUGUUAUACGAACUAUUUUUGAAAUAAAAGCUUGAUAUUUUUUAUGAAUGAGAUUUAUAUUUAUUGGUGCUCUAGUUUUGUUUCCAUACAUAUUUACAUUAAAUACUACUUAAAGUAUGUAUGUUGAGACGCGUUGUUUUAUUCUACAUCCAUUAU